UCAAAAAUUCUCACUUUCCCAUUUUUGUCACAAGUCUCAUUUUCCCCACAACUUCCCCCAACUGCCCCACAUUCCCCACCACCAUCUGGCGAGCGUGGGGAGAAUUGAUCUCCGGUGGUGGUGGUCUCCUGGCUCCCAUUACAAACUCUCCCCAUGCUCUCCAUCUUCUCUCCACGAGCCGCUUCCAACUUCUUUCUUUCCCAGGUUCGGAUCAAUUUUUCCAAAAUUCUGGCGUAAAUUUUUGGAAUAUGGCGACUGUGACCCAGUUCAAAUACCCGUCCUCCGUGAAGGACGUGGAUCAACAUAAAUUUGUUAAAUCUUUCGCACAAUUCCUGAAGAAGUCAGGAAAAUUGAAGGUGCCCGAAUGGGUUGACCUCGUGAAGACGUCAAAGGCUAAGGAAUUGGCCCCAUACGAUGAGGACUGGUUUUAUAUUAGAUGCGCUUCAAUUGCUCGUCAUCUCUACAUCCGAUCACCCAUUGGAACCAACACCAUCACUAAAAUCUACGGGUUAAGGAAACGUAACGGGGCGACUCCGAGCCAUUUUUGUCGAGGGUCGGGGUCCGUGGCACGAAAGGCUCUGCAAGCGUUGGAGGGUAUUAAGUUAGUUGAGAAGGUUCCAGACGGUGCCGGACGACGCCUGACAUCCCAAGGACGCAGAGAUUUGGACAGAAUUGCUGCUCAGUUGAAAAAAGCUGUUAAAACCGUGGCUUGAAAAAAAUGUUCAGAUGAUAAAAACUUUUUCUCAAUAAAAAAGAAACUUCAAAAAUUCUUA